AUGAAUACAAUUGCUCGACGAUAUUUGGCAAGCAAACGGGGAAGUUUUGUCGAAGAUAUUCGGAUUGUGAAAUCAAGAGAGGUGAAAACACCGCCAAAAUAUCCGAUUUUCCGAAAACCUUCAAAAAAAGCAAUGGAAAUUCGACAAAACUUUGAUUAUUUGUUGGUUCUUGAUUUUGAAGCGACAUGUGAACCUGGGCCAAUUUAUCCAGUGCAGGUAAGCAAAGAAAAAAUAAAUAUUUCUCAAAUAUAUUUUAAACAGGAAAUCAUCGAGUUCCCCGUGGUGCAACUGAAAACUUCAAAUUGGCAAGAAAUCCGAAGAUUCCACAAAUAUGUCAAACCCUCUGAGAACCCGAAAAUCUCCACAUUUUGCACGAAUUUGACAGGAAUAAUUCAAGAAAUGAUCGAUGGUCAAGAAAAUUUAGAAGAAGUUUUGAAAAGUUUCGAUGAUUGGAUAAAAGAAGAUGACGAUUUGACGAAUUUUGCAAUGGUAACUUGUGGAGAUUGGGAUUUGAAAGUUGCUUUGCCAUUGGAAGCCGAAUAUAAACAAUUGGAAAUCCCGGAAUAUCUCAAAAAUUGGAUAAAUGUUAAAAAAGCAUAUGCAGAACAUACGGGACAUUUUGCAAGAAGUAUGAAACAUCUUCUAGAAAUAUAUCAAUUGAAAUUUGAGGUUUUUCGGUUUUUAGAUAUAAUCAAGAGGAAAAUAACCCAAAAAUUCUGCAUUUUCAGGGUCGCCAUCACAGUGGAAUCGAUGACGUCACAAAUAUCUGCGAAAUUGUGAAAUGUUUGGGGAAAUCGGGUCAUAAUUUCAAUUUCACAUCAAAUCAGGUGCAACAAAGAAGCUUCAAUUAA